GGGGUAACAGGGGGCUCGGCCUCAUAUGGGCGGUGCUUCCUGUCGGGCAUCGGGCUGUUGUGCGUUCAUAGGGAAUGGCGGAGAAGUUACCGGGUCUCGGCCUCUACCUUAGUCCCGGUAAUAUGCUGCUGGCCGGCGGUAACACGGACGCGGAGAAGUUGCAGGCAAAUGGAAAAUCAUUUGAAAAUGUAGAACUUGGGGACGUGAAUAUGAAAAAGCAAAAGCUUCCUCGAAGGAUCAUUCACUUUGCUAGUGGCGAAACUAUGGAGGAGUACAGCACGGAUGAGGAGGACAAGGAAGAUGAAAAGAAAGACUUAUUGCCUAUGAUUGAUACUAGCACACUUCCUUGGGGUCCAUUUCUGUGGUUUUACAUGCUAAGAUUUGCUACAGGUACACUGUCAGUUUGUGACUUCUUGGGAGAAAAGUUAGCUUCACUUUUUGGUAUAAAUGCUCCAAAGUACCAAUAUGCUAUUGACGAGUACUACAGGAUAAAAAAGGAGGAGGAGGAGGAAGAGGAAGAAAAUAAAAUGUCAGAAGAAGCUGAAAAGAAUUACCAAGAGCAAAUGGAACAGCAGCAAGAGAUGGUUAGUGCACAUGAUGGUCUGCCAGUAGUUAAUGCAUCAUUUGUGAAUGUCAGCUUUGAAAUGGAAAGUGAUCCCACCAUUAUAACAGAAACUAAACAAAAAAGUGAUCCUAUUCCAACCUAGAGGAAAUUAUCCUACAGAAGAUGAUGCAAGGGUUCAGCGCUGCCUGUUAUCCUGAAAAACAGCUAUGCCUUAAUUCACUGAAAAUGCAGUUGUGCCUUGCGAUCUUUCUUCUAAUUUUGGUUUUCAUAUCAUGCAUCUGCUGUAAUUAAACUGUUAAUACUAGAAACAAUAUUGUAUUGUUUAACCUAUAUAAUUGCAUUAUUUAUUUUAGUUCUUUAUAAAUAAGGAAAGAUCACUUUUGUAUACUACACAACUUUAAUAAACAUUUGACUAUU